GAGCCGCCGCGCGGCCGCUUCCGCGGGCCCCGGCGCCGGAAGCGGAGAUGCGUCACAGGGGCGGGCGACGGCGGCGGCGACGGCGGCGGGUCGCGUUGGGGGUGCCUCCGGUGGACGGUCGCGACGCCGGGCGGGGAGGCCGCGCCUGCCAGGGUCGUCGGGGGCCCGCGGAGAGCUGGGGCCAGGGCGGCGGCGGCCUGGGACGCAAGCGGAACCCCGCGCCGGCCUGAGGUCCCGGCUAUGGCUGCGGCUACCAUCGUGCACGACACGUCCGAGGCGGUGGAGCUGUGCCCUCCCUACGGCCUGUACCUGAAGCCCAUCACGAAGAUGACCAUCAGCGUGGCGCUCCCGCAGCUGAAGCAGCCGGGCAAGUCCAUCUCCAACUGGGAGGUGAUGGAGCGCCUGAAGGGCAUGGUGCACAACCACCAGUUCUCCACGCUGCGCAUCUCCAAGAGCACCAUGGACUUCAUCCGCUUCGAGGGCGAGGUGGAGAACAAGAGCCUGGUCAGGUCCUUCCUGGCCUGCCUGGACGGCAAGACCAUCAAGCUCAGCGGCUUCUCCGACAUCCUCAAGGUGCGCGCCGCCGAGUUCAAGAUAGACUUCCCCACCCGCCACGACUGGGACUCCUUCUUCCGGGACGCCAAGGACAUGAACGAGACGCUGCCGGGCGAACGGCCCGACACCAUCCACCUGGAGGGGCUUCCCUGCAAGUGGUUCGCCCUGAAGGAGUCGGGCUCCGAGAAGCCCAGCGAGGGGGUGCUGGUGCGGGUGUUCGAGCGCUUCGGGGAGAUCCGCAACGUGGACAUCCCCAUGCUGGACCCCUACCGCGAGGAGAUGACGGGCCGCAACUUCCACACCUUCAGCUUCGGGGGCCACCUGAACUUCGAGGCCUACGUGCAGUACCGCGAGUACGCGGGCUUCAUCCAGGCCAUGAGCGCCCUGCGCGGCAUGAAGCUCAUGUACAAGGGCGAGGACGGCAAGGCCGUGGCCUGCAACAUCAAGGUUUCUUUCGAUUCGACCAAACACCUGAGCGACGCCUCCAUCAAGAAACGGCAGCUCGAGCGGCAGAAGCUUCAGGAGCUGGAGCAGCAGCGGGAGGAGCAGAAGCGCCGGGAGAAGGAGGCGGAGGAGAGGCAGAGGGCCGAGGAGAGGAAGCAGAAGGAGCUGGAGGCGCAGGAGCGCGAGAGGAAGCGGGAGGAGAAGCUGCGCAGGCGCGAGCAGAAGCAGCGGGACCGCGAGCUGCGCCGCAGCCAGAAGCAGCUGGAGAAGCUGCAGGCGGAGGCGCAGCGGAAGCUGCAGGAGAAGAUCCGGCUGGAGGAGCGCAAGCUGCUGCUGGCCCAGCGCAACCUGCAGUCGCUCCGGCUCGUCACCGAGCUGCUGAGCCGCGCCAAGGCCGUGAAGCUGCGGGCGCAGGAGCAGCAGGAGGAGACGCUGCGGCUGCAGCAGCAGGAGGAGCGCCGGCGGCUGCAGGAGGCGGAGCUGCGGCGCGUGGAGGAGGAGAAGGAGCGCGCGCUGGGCCUGCAGCGCCGGGAGCGCGAGCUGCGGGAGCGCCUGCUCAGCAUCCUGCUCAGCAAGAAGGCGGACGGGCCUCGCGCGCCCGCCGAGCCGGGCGCCUCGCACGCCCACCUGCUGCAGCCCGUGCUGGACAUGCUGCACACCGUGUCGGCCGGCUGCGCGGGCGGCGCCCCGCCCCCGCCCCCGCCCGGCGGCCCCCGGGAGGCCCCGCCCCGGCCGCUGGCCGCCGGCCCCGCCCCCGGCCCCGCCCAGAGCGUGAACGGGAGCGCCGCGGAGGAGGAGGCCGCGAGCAAGGAGGGGCCCCAGCCUCGCCGGGUCGCCGCCGACGACGGCCCCUUCGGCCCCGCCGAGAAGAGGUGCCCCGGCGUCCUCGCCUGCAUCCCCGACAACAACCAGCAGCCGAAGGCCGCGCCCGCCGCCUGCGAGCAGAGCGCGCCCAGGAAGGACGCGCGCUCCGAGCAAGACAAGUGCAACCGCGAGCCCAGCGGGGGCCGCGGCCGGGCCAGCGGGGACCGGGGCAGCGACGACAGGCCCAAGCGGGAGCGCAGCCGGCCGCGGCGGGCGGGCAGCCGGGAGGACGCGAGGCCGCACAAGGAGCGGCGGCCGCACCGGAAGCGCUCGCACCAGGACGGCAGCCCCCGCCGGCGCAGCGCCAGCCCCGAGCGCGAGCACGAGCACGGCCGGUCGCGGAGGUCCCACAGCGGAGACCGGCACGGCCGGCGGGAGAGGAGCCGGGACCGGGACCGCAGGGGCAGCUCGGGCAGGAAGCGCAGCCGCCACCGGCGCAGCGAGAGGUCGCGCUCGGGCUCCCCCAGCCGGCACCGCAGCACCUGGAACAGGUAAUGCACGGAGGGCCCAGGCAGCCGUCCCGGAGGACCAGGACGGGGGAGCGCACGUCCUGCAACUCGCUGCCCCCACGCCCCCCACGCCCCCCCCCCC